GGGGGCGACAGGCAUCGGGCCCCCAGGCGGGGCGGCGGGCGCCGGGCCCCCAGGCAGAGCAACAGGUCUCGGGCCCCCAGAGCGGGGAGCGGCGGGCGCCGGACCCCCAGGCGGAGCGACAGGUCUAGGGCCCCAGGCGGAGCGACAGGUCUCAGGCCCCCAGGCGGAGCGACAGGUCUCAGGCCCCCAGGCGGAGCGGACAGGUCUCAGGCCCCCAGGCGGAGCGACAGGUCUCAGGCCCCCAGGUGGAGCGACAGGUCUCAGGCCCCCAGGCGGAGCGGCGGGCGCCGGACCCCCAGGCGGAGCGGCGGGCGCCGGACCCCCAGGCGGAGCGACAGGUCU